AUGGAUCCACCAAGAUAUGAUGGGACUACUCAUCCAGAUGAAUGGAUUAAACAAGUUAGAAUAUUUUGUUAUUUUAAACAAAUAACGGAUGAACAAGAAAUAGUGAAAUUUUGUAAAUCAAUGAUAAAUUCAACGAUAAAUAUUAAAAACGAUUUCGAAGAAAUUAAUACAUUUACGUCACUUUCAAAUGCGUUAAGAUCUCACGUAACAUUUAAAAUUCUUAAAGAUACAUGUAAAAGAAAAUUACAAUCGUUAAAAUUUAUACCAGAAAUUCAUGGAGGGGAUACGGCAAAUUUUAUCUCAUACUUUAAUACGAAAUGUUUUGAUGCGGAAAUCAACGAUUUGGGGGAACAGAAGAAAUUAUUAUUUUAUUGUUUUUCUGAUGAUUACUUUCGUAAAGAGUUUAAUAAACGAAUUCUUGAUGUUAAAUCAAAAGAAAUCAUGUUACAAUCAUUUAACGAAAUCGUAACCGAAUAUUCUAGAUUAAUUAAGUAUGGUAGUUGUGUUGCCAUAAAGCAUGUUAGUACUGGAAAAUAUUUGGCUACUUGUAGUGAAAAGUAUCUUACUGGUUCAAGAGGUCAGAUAAUAUUUGGAACGAGUACAUUACCUGAAACGAAUGCGAUAUGGAAGCUUAAUUAUCCAUUUGGACAUAAAGCCCAAACAGAUAUAGAACAGUUGGUAAUGUAUGGAGAUACGUUAAGUUUACAAAAUAAAUUUGCAGGGAAUAUGUUAUGGGCGUAUCCCAAUUAUAAAUCUCCAACUUCCGGUCAUGUAGGUCAUGUAGAAGUUAGUUGUUAUUCAAUGAAUCAAUAUAAUAAUUGGAUAAUUAGGCCUGCUAGUAAAAGGUCCAAAGGCAAAGAGAAUGAAAAAAGAUAUUUAAAAUCAGAAGAGAAAGUUAUUAUUGAAAAUGAGAAUAAUGAAAAGGACAUGAUUUUACACAGUCAUGAUAUCAAGUAUACCUUAGGUAAUACCUUAUAUCAAGAAGUUUUUUGCCAUGACAAUAGAAUCAAUUUUAAAGAUGAGUGGUGUAUUGAACUUCUUUUGAAUCAAUAA